UCCUUUGUGAUUGGAUCGCUGGCCUUUUCACUACGAAAACAACUACAAGCAACAAUGCCAGUGCACUCGAGAGAAAAGAAAGAGAACAACCAUGAGGAGAUGGAGGUGGACUACCCGGAACAGGAGGGCAGCAGUACAGACGAAGAGGAUUCGGAAACCUCGUCAGUGUCAGAGGAUGGAGACAGCUCGGAAAUGGACGAUGAAGACUGCGAGCGCAGAAGAGUGGAAUGCUUGGAUGAGAUGACCAAUCUCGAGAAGCAGUUCAGCGACCUGAAAGACCAGUUGUACAAGGAAAGGUUGAGUCAAGUUGAUGCCAAAUUACAGGAGGUGUUGUCGGGCAAAGCUCCAGAAUACCUUGAGCCACUCGCUGCUUUGCAAGAGAACAUGCAGAUCCGAAUGAAAGUUGCUGGGAUCUACAAGGAGCUGUGUUUGGACUCUGUGAAGAAUAAGUAUGAAUGUGAAACACAAGCUGCUUACCAGCACUGGGAGAGCGAGAAGCUCCUGCUGCUGGACACAGUUCAGAGUGAGCUGGAGGAGAAGAUUCGGCGGCUCGAGGAAGACCGACACAGCAUCGAUAUCACCUCAGAGCUGUGGAAUGAUGAGCUUCAGUCCAGAAGGAGUAAGAGAAGAGACCCCUUCAGUCCUGACAAGAAGAGGAAGCCUGUGGUCGUCUCCGGCCCAUAUAUUGUGUACAUGCUGCAAGAUUUAGACAUCUUGGAGGACUGGACAGCAAUCAGAAAGGCUAUGGCUACACUCGGCCCUCACAGAGUCAAGGCUGAUGUGCCCUUGGUCAAGCCUGAGAAGCUUCAUCAGCAACCGCACCACACAGCCAGGUCUGAGGAUGGACGCUUGUAUUACGAUGGGGAGUGGUAUUGUCGAGGCCAGGGCAUAUGCAUUGAUAAGAAGGACGAGUAUCCUACAAGUGCCAUAAUCACUACCAUUAACCAUGACGAGGUGUGGUUCAAGCGCCUGGAUGGCAGCAAGUCCAAGCUGUACAUUUCCCAGUUGCAGAAAGGCAGAUAUAGCAUCAAACACUCAUAGGUAUCCAAGGAGUCUUCUAUCCAGCAAUCUCUCUACUUCACUGCCAUCUCUCAUGCCAGCCAAUAUGCCAGCCUGGGAGAACUCUGCACAACUUCCAUAGUGGACUGCCAAACAGUGUUUUCAUUCCGGCCCUUUCUAUGUCCAGCCUAUCAUGUAUUAAGACUUUAGUGGGUUUACUGUGGAAACUGUUAUGUAUAUUUUCUUUCAAGAGCUAAAUGAGAACGGUUGGUGACACUGCCAAAAGAUAUGUUUUUUUUACUUCACAGUAUAAGCAACAAAAGGUGUGUGUGUGUACGUGUGUGUGUACGUGUGUGUGUGUCUGUGUACGUGUGUGUGUGUACACGUGUGUGUACGUGUGUGUGUACACGUGUGCGUGCGUGGGAAAUGGUUUAAAUGUAUGCAUGCUCCAUAGCACUGUAAGGUUUUUUUUUCUUUCUCUGUCUUCUACAAGCAACUGUUUACUCUGACAAUUUACCACAGUUUACAGAAAAACUGUACUACAAACCAUGAUGUAUGACUAUGUCUGACUCAUUUUUAAGCUCUGUGUUUCUGUAUGUUUCAUUAAGUCUCAUGGUACAGUGUGUAGGGAUAUUUGUAUAUGUUCAUUUGUGUGGUCAUAUAUGAACAGAACUUCUUCCCCAUCUCCCCACACCUUUACUUUCACCUCACUGCCGUGUUUUAAAUGUUGUAUUCUCCAUACAGCCUGUCUGCCAUAUAAUGUGUGAAUCCACACAAAGUCUUUGAAUACAAAUGAAAUGUGUUUGUUUCAUUCAUACUGUACAGAAGUGAUGCCUUAAACCGAUGCAUUUUUUAAUAUGUAGUCAAUUUCUAGUGUGUCAAAUGAUAUUAGUUUGGUUGUAAGGAAGUGAUUGCCAAGGAGAAAUGUCUCCCUCCCCUGUUCAUUUCUUGAGCUCACACAUGUACGUACAUUUUGUUAUAUUGUGCCAGCUCGACUUUAUUUUCCUGCCAGAUUUACCUCUGUAUCCUGUAUCUUGGUUAGUUAACUGUAUAGCAUUUUUGUUAUUAUUUUCCUUUUCAUCAGUAUGUCAGACCAGAAGUUUCCUAUACCUGUAUAUUCUCGGUAAGAAAAAAAUAUUUCUGCUUGUGAAAGUGGGAAAUAAAGUCUGAUUCGAGAAA